AUGUCUCUUUAACAUUUAUAAACUAUUAAGGAAGAAAGGCAUUCUUAAGAAAACAUGGACCUAGCCCAAAAUCUUUUGGAUAAAGCUAAAGAUGUAUAAUUGAAUUAAGUAAAUAGAGGGAACAUGAAGCUGAUGAAAAUGAGUAAUUUAUUCCAGAUGAACAGAAGGAAAUGAGUGAUGAGGAAGUUUAAGAUUAAUAAUAGAAAUAAGAUAAUGUCAAGAGCUUUGUUGUUGGAAGUGGAAUGGGUGGAUUCUUAUUUGAAGAAACAUUUGGAUUUGAUGAUAAGAAAUAGAAGAAUAAUAAGUAAAUCAAGAGACUGACUUUGAACACUCGAUUAACAUAGAUAGUAGGACUGAAUAAGUUGGCAGAUGACGAAGAAGAUGAUCAUUAACUUUAUGAGAAAAUUCCUUAGUAUUUGGCUUGGGGUAUUAUUUUUUAUGCAUCUUUCAAUAAUGCCAUGAUGCCUCCAUGGAUUAUGACAAUACCAGCUGAAAAAGUAACUAGUAAUAUAUAUCAAGUACUUACGUAUUGCUUGGAGAUUUUUAUUGUAAGGGAUAUUCCUUAUUCCAUUUAUUAUGUAUGAAUAUAGGACAGGAAACGAAAAGGUUAAGUCAGCUUACACAAUGGAAUUUUUGUUGAGAUGGACUCAUAUGAGAAAGGUUUAUAUGGCAAGUUUGACUACAACGGUAACUUUUGCAGUAUUUCUUUUUUGUUUUGAUUAUACCAAUAUUUCAAGUGUCUUCGUUUUAGGUUCUUAGACUAAUUUCUGGUUAUCUGUCUUUCGAAAAAAAGAAAAUAACCAUAAUAUUGAAGGAGGUGGUAAAAUAAUGUGUGUUGCUGGGUAAAAUGAUCAUUUAUUAAUAGAUAUUUACUUAUUUGUUUAGAUUCAUAUAUGUUAAAUACUGAUACUAUUCCUGAAUCAGCUAAAAAUUACAUUAAUCCUUUAUUAUAUAAUAGACCAAUUUGGAUGAGAAUUAUUAUUGGAAAUACUAUACCAGUAAUAUUUAAAUCUUAAUCAUAGUUUUUAGCUUCAAUAAUCUUAGCUGAAUUAUCAAAGGCUAAUUAAGAUCUCAGAAGUGUAUUUCCUCCAUUCCUAGCUAAUUUUUGUGUGGCCUUUUUUGUUUGUCUAAAUAUGUGUAUGGUCUCAUUUUUUAUGGAUGGUACAUCUAUAAAUUUUGAUUCCAGAUGGGGUUGGUUUGGUUUAUUUCAAAAUGGAAAAUUUAUGGGAUUCUUGUAUAAUUAUUAAUUCUUAUUCUAUUAGUUACAUGUCUACUAUGUUAAGUAUUGGAGUUUUCAUCUCUUCUAUAUUAAUUAGUAAGUUAUUUGAACCAAUUGUACCUGCUACUGCUGCCUUAUUUGAACCUGUUAUUACAGCUAUCUUAUGUGAUAUUGCUACUGUUCAAUAUUAUCCAUCUGCUAUUGCUUGUUUUGGUUAUGUAUUUCUAUUGCCUGGUUAAUUUAUAAUUAUUGUUGGAUAACACAUAUUGAAAAAACAGUAAGAACAAGAAUAAAAAUAAAAACUUGAAUAACAAUAAUAAAUUCAUGCUUCUAGAGCUCAACAAUGA